AUGAUUAAGGGUUAUAGUGGUUGUAGUGGUAAUCAGGGUUAUAGUGGUUAUAGGGGUAAUAAGGGUUAUAGUGGUUAUAGGGGUAAUAAGGGUUAUAGUGGUUAUAGGGGUAAUAAGGGUUAUAGUGGUUAUAGGGGUAAUAAGGGUUAUAGUGGUUAUAGGGGUAAUAAGGGUUAUAGUGGUUAUAGGGGUAAUAAGGGUUAUAGUGGUAAUAAGGGUUAUAGUGGUUAUAGUGGUUAUAGUGGUAAUAAGGGUUAUAGUGGUUAUAGGGGUUAUAGUGGUAAUAAGGGUUAUAGUGGUAAUAAGGGUUAUAGUGGUUAUAGUGGUUAUAAGGGUUAUAGUGGUAAUAAGGGUUGUAGUGGUUAUAAGGGUUAUAGUGAUUAUAAGGGUUAUAGUGAUUAUAAGGGUUAUAGUUGUUGUGGUUAUAAGGGUUAUAAUGGUAAUAUUCAUUAUAGUGAUUAUAAGGGUUAUAGUGGUUAUAAGGGUUGUAGUGGUUAUAAGGGUUAUAGUGGUUAUAAGGGUUAUAGGGGUUAUAGUGGUAAUAAGGGUUAUGGUGGUAAUAAGGGUUGUAGUGGUUAUAAGGGUUGUAGUGGUUAUAAGGGUUAUAGUGGUUAUAAGGGUUAUAGGGGUUAUAGUGGUAAUAAGGGUUAUAGUGGUUAUAAGGGUUAUAGUGGUUAUAAGGGUUAUAGUGGUUAUAAGGGUUAUAGGGGUUAUAGUGGUAAUAAGGGUUGUAGUGGUAAUAAGGGUUGUAGUGGUUAUAAGGGUUAUAGUGGUUAUAAGGGUUAUAGGGGUUAUAGUGGUUAUAAGGGUUAUAGUGGUAAUAAGGGUUAUGGUGGUUAUAGUGGUAAUAAGGGUUAUAGGGGUUAUAGUGGUAAUAAGGGUUAUAGUGGUAAUAAGGGUUAUAGUGGUAAUAAGGGUUAUAGUGGUUAUAAGGGUUAUAGUGGUAAUAGUGGUUAUAAGGGUUAUAGUGGUAAUAAGGGAACUGGAACUGAAAUAAUGAUUUGAAUGAACUGAGAAACUUAUCCUUAUUUUAGAUUUGUGUUUUCUCUUUAAAAACGAAACAUACAAACAUAGUAUGGCAUAUGUGGUGGUAAUAAGGGAAAUACCGGUAAUGAUGGUAAUAGUGGUUAUAAGGGUUAUAGUGGUAAUAAGGGUUAUAGUGGUAAUAAGGGUUAUAGUGGUAAUAAGGGAAAUACCGGUAAUGAGGGUUAUAGUGGUAAUAGUGGUUAUAAGGGUUAUAGUGGUAAUAAGGGUUAUAGUGGUUAUAGGGGUUAUAGUGGUAAUAGUGGUUAUAAGGGUUAUAGUGGUAAUAAUUGUUAUAGUGGUAAUAAUUGUUAUAGUGGUAAUAAGGGAAAUACCGGUAAUGAGGGUUAUAAUGGUAAUAGUGGUUAUAAUGGUCCCCAACCCUCUGAUAAGUGUAUCUACCCAAUUCUUCUAUAUCUAUAUAUCUAUAGUGUCUUCUCUUCCCUCUCUGCCCAUCUCUUCUAUGUCUAUAUAUCUAUAGUCUCUUCUCUUCCCUCUCUGUCCAUCUCUUCUAUGUCUAUAUAUCUAGUCUCUUCUCUUCCCUCUCUACCCAUCUCUUCUAUGUCUAUAUAUAUCUAUAGUCUAUACUCUUCCCUCUCUGCCCAUCUCUUCUAUGUCUAUAUAUCUAUAGUCUCUUCUCUUCCCUCGCUGUCCAUCUCUUCUAUGUCUAUAUAUCUAUAGUCUCUUCUCUUCCCUCUCUGUCCAUCUCUUCUAUGUCCAUAUAUCUAGUCUCUUCUCUUCCCUCUCUACCCAUCUCUUCUAUGUCUAUAUAUAUCUAUAGUCUAUACUCUUCCCUCUCUGUCCAUCUCUUCUAUGUCUACAUAUAUCUAUAGUCUAUACUCUUCUCUGUUUAUAUCAAAUAUAAAAAGUAUGUAAGGGGACAGAAUUCUAUUUUAAUAAAUAAAAUACAGUUUAAUUCCUU